CCAAUUCGAAAACGGCGGGGUCAAUGAUACAGUAGUCUUCAUUCCAAUACUACUUAUGUCUCUUGUUAGUUAAUAGUUAAUACAGAGCAAAUAGCAGUUUACAAAAAGAGUACGGUUUAAAGAUAUAUACACUCUUCACGAUCAUAUGAACCAUCUUUAUGAUGUUCCACUUACACCAAUAAAAAAUUAUGUACUGGCCAGUAGACUGCUUUUUGAUGCAUUCGCAUACUCUGAAGAUGGCACACGUCCUUUUCUUUUUCAAACACAUAAUUGCACGGUAUCUUUAUAGUAAAUAGUUGUCAACAAACUUUUCGUAUCGGGAAAUGUUAAAAAUGGAUGUAAACAGUAAGGAUAUUUUUAAUUGGCAACGUCUUCCCGGCUUGAGCGACUCAGAAGUCAGUCCGCCGUCAACCUUCGGUUUGCAUAGCGGCGGGAUACUACUUGAGAAGACGCCUUUGGAUUGCAAUAACCAAAUUAUCCCUAGCAUUGAGGAUGCUACAGAUGACACCGCAGAUGACUUGCAAACAGUACAGGAAUUCAAUUGCAAAGUGGGAAAGUCUGUUGCGAAUUCCCGUCAGGAUUUUUUACGUUGGUCAGAAUCGGAGGAACACCGAUUCGACGAUCAAGAUAUAGCCCCCGAUACACAAGCAACAGAUACGACCACCAAGAAGUCUAUCGUCGUUGAUAUACCUCGCUCUACUCUAAGACAACCAAAAUCACUUUUUACAGGGUUCAUUCCACCUGCCACAGAAACUAGGGAAGAAGAUGCUAUAGCUACGCUUCUAAAACUGAUCAAACCACAACAUUCCUCAGAUGAAGAUUUCUUUGAAUUCGACCUUGAUCAAUUUUCUGUUUAUUGGAGCGCGUAUUUAUACCCAAAUGAGCUAAGAUCUCUCCAGCAACUUGCCACCCGCCAAUCCUCCGGCCGCUUUUAUUUUGAUGGCGUGCUAAGUUAUGGUACAACCCGUUUUUUUCUCAAGAGAAUACCGUUUCAACAACUCCCUAUCGGCAACUAUGGUGUUAAGGAACACACAGUUGGGGACCAGAUAUGGAUUCGAUCAGAAAUGAAUGAGAUCCGAGAACGCGAAAUUUAUUAUAAGCUUAAAUCGCCUUCGUUCGAGUACGUACGGUUUUAUGAGCCAUUUUCCUGGAUUGCGGAUUUAGCCAAGCACAUUUUUGACUACUUUGAUUACCUGAAAGAAAAUGGUCGUCGAGCCAUAUUGCUCGACUUGAAGUCGCGAUUUAGUGUCUGGCUUCUGCAAAAUCACCAAGAAUCGGCCGUGUUCAAACGGUGGUACUCUGCCAAUCGUGGCAGUGAUUUUCGAGGGGCCUUUAUUGCUAACGUGGACUUCAUUUGGAAAGAAAGCUAUGGGCUGAAUCCAAAGUCCAUUUUGUGGCAUGUGAUCUGGGGAGAAGUCAAGACGCUGACCGAAUACAAGCCAAACUUAGGGAUAUCCCCGAACGAGGAAUUGCCGGCGUUCGAUGUCAAGAAAUCAUGGAGGUCCACACAGCUCGAUCAGGUCACGCCUACCAUAGUUACUGCGUACGUCUACGAUUUAUUCUCUCAUUUGAUAUUUGGCAAUAUACUCGAACCCAGGAUACUUUCCACUGCCGUUAAGAAAAAACAAGCAACUUUUGUACUUGCUAGUCAGCCAAAUGCUCAACAUAGUGUACGCACAUCGAAGCGUGAUCAGCGUGAUCGCGAUACAUUCGUCAAUGCCAUCAAAGUGGGAGACGUUGUCUCGACCAAACCAGACGAUGACAGCAGCGGCACUGAAUGGAAACAACACAAGUCAAAACAUUAUGAUGGUGAACAUCUAUGGUUUGGUCUGAUACAAAAGGUUCAUGAAUUACCAAAGGGAAAACGAUCUUUUGACGUAAUAUGGCUAUACCAGUCAAUUGACACCCCGUGCGGUAUUAUGAAGUAUCCUUGGAAGAACGAACUAUUUUUAUCGAACAAUUGUACGUGCCAUAACGAUACUGCCAAACUACGCGGAGCCGAGAUACUCUCUACACACAGUGUCGAGUGGUUUGGAAAUCCUUCCACGUCUGCCGAAUUCUUUGUACGCCAGACUUAUCUUUCCGACGAUUGUCGAUGGACUACUCUAAGAAAAGAACACCUGACCUGUUCGAUGGAGGUGCUUGAAAAGGAAGGCUCUUACAACGUGGGCGAUACCGUUCUCGUUGAAACUAACCAUAAUGCUCUUCAGCUAGAACCCUUCAUUGUAGAGUCAUUCUUUGAAGAAGGUGAAAAGACAUAUGCUAGGGUCCGGAGACUUUCUAGGAGGAGAAGUGUGGAUAGGAAUGCUUCCAGCUCGCCUCCAAACGAAUUAGUUUAUACAAAUCAACUCGUCGAGGUUGCCUCUCGGAGAAUCUUUCGUCAUUGUCUCGUCAGAGCUUUCCAACCUGGCGAAACCAUACCUACCCCUUACGAUUAUGAUGGAGCCGGAAAUCUAUUCUUUAUCACCCACCAAGAGACUGAGACGGGGACAGGGGAAUUAAUUUAUACACCUCUUGAUACAAGUCUGUUACAUCAACUACGCCAAGGGUUCAAUCCAUUUGAGCGCCAACCGCAAAAGCUUCAGGGGCUUGAUUUGUUCUGUGGCGCUGGGAAUCUCGGUCGCGGUCUAGAAGACGCCGGUGCCGUGGAGAUGCGUUGGGCCAACGAUAUAUGGAGUCAUGCCAUCCACACGUACAUGGCGAAUUCGAAGCCGGGCACUUGUACGCCCUUUUUAGGCUCCGUUGACGAUCUCUUGCUUCGAGCGAUGCAAGGUAAUAAUAGCAAGGUACCUCAACCUGGCGACGUGCAAAUUAUUUCUGCUGGAUCGCCAUGUCCCGGAUUUUCCCUGCUCACUUCCGAUCGAACCACCAACGAUCAACGAAAGAAUCAAUCCCUUAUAGCAUCCUUCGCUUCCUAUAUCGAUCUAUAUCGCCCUUACUACGGCGUGCUCGAGAACGUACCGACCAUGGUAAAUUCCAAAACCUUCCGCCACGCAUGUGUCUUCUCUCAACUGGUUUGUGCUCUCGUGGGACUGGGAUACCAGGUUCAGGUCAUGUUCCUCGACGCAUGGUCAUUUGGCGCACCACAGACUCGGAGUCGUAUUUUUCUCUGCUUUAGCGCCCCCGGUUUCCGGAUGCCCAAGGUCCCGGCACCAUCGCACUCCCAUCCACCUGGCACCAUGCUAACCAAACUUGGUGAGAUGUCUUGUGGACGGCCCUUUGAUAGCCGGAAGUUGGUACCGACGCCUUUCAAAUACGUUAGCAUCCGGGAGGCUAUCAAAGACUUGCCGGAUAUACAGGAUGCAAAGCCUGACUAUUCUGUCGGCUUCCCAGAUCACCGACUUUCCAUCGGCAUAACUCCAACAGUGCGGAAUCAAUUAUUCUUUAUCCCAACCCAGCCAUGGGGCAUGAGCUUCAGUAAAGCUUACUUUGGUCGACCCGGGCUUGAGCCAGUGCUCAGUGAACUAGACCGAAUGAGCUUUCCCGGAAAACGGGAGAAGGAAAGGGUGACUAAGAGUUCUAAGGGGUGGGGCCGGGUUGACCCAAAUCGCUUGAUGAGCACCAUUUCCACGAAAUGCGGGCCAACCGACAGCCGUGUAGGUACGACGAAUCACUGGUACCAACAUCGCCCACUUACCGUCCUGGAGAUCCGACGUGUGCAGGGAUUUCGUAAACACGAAGUGCUCAUUGGCAAACCUGUCCAUCAAUGGCGCCUCGUGGGCAACAGCGUCGCAAGACAGGUCUCGCUAGCCCUCGGACUCUCCAUCCGCGAGGCCUGGUUUGGAACCCUCUUCGACGAACCGCACUCGCUCCAGCUCGGCUUGGGUGCAUCUGCGAAGGACAAAUUGGCCGAGUGUGGUAAUAGUGGUACCGUGUCCCCAAACCACACGAUCGUUACGGAGAACCCUAGAGAUAGGAGCGACUACUACGACAUCGGCAAGAGCUUUGCUGCUGCGGCUGCCGAAGCAGCAGCCGCCGUCGAAAAUGACGUAGAGUCAGGCUCUGAUACAGCACCACCGUCGGAGGAAUACCCGGCCUUGAUACCCACCCCUCUCGGGAAGUCGCAGUCUCUUACCCCGGCCACGAGCGAGUCGAACCAUAUCUCGGACUUUGAGAAUUUCCGCAAACGGCCUUUGGCGACGUUUUCUGGGGAAGGGGAGGAGGAGGCGGUGGCCAAGAGACCACGGGUUGAUGUUGGUCAGGGGCACGAGCUAUCAUUACCGGGGGUCCUUGACAAUGGGGUGGAGAUUAAUAAGGCUGGCCCGGCUUAUAUGCCUAGUCCGCUGGCUUGGGAGAUGAAGGUAUCGUCGGAUGAGGAGCUGGGUUAAGGCAAUUACCAGGUAGAUAGGGGUGUGGUGUGGCUGUGUUGGAUGUAAACUAGAGUCAGUGGCUUGGAGAAAUGAUACAAAACUGAAUAACGAACAACCAUAAACAUAAGCAUAAACAUAAAUA